GUGUCCAUCAACAUAGAGAAAUGUCAUCAACAUCUUCUCACUCGUACCCGAUGAGCAGCGGAGAGGAUCAACAUAGCUACAUCCAUAAUUCUUCAUACCAGAAAGCAGCUAUAAAAGGCGUUGAGGAAAGGAUAAAGCAAGCCAUCUUAGAAAAACUUGAUCUCCAGCUGAACUCCAACCUAAUCAGUACUUUUACCAUUGCCGAUUUUGGUUGUUCCAUUGGACCUAACACAUUUCAUGUUGUCCAAAGUAUCAUUGAUACUGUGAAAUUCAAACACUUGAAAGAAAACAACGAGACUAACAUUGUGCCUCUUGAGUUUCAAGUUUUCUUCAACGAUCAAUCCAAUAAUGACUUCAACACACUCUUUAGAACCCAACCUCUUUCCUCAGAGAGCCAAUAUUUUUUGGCUGGAGUUCCAGGCUCUUUCUAUGGCCGAUUGUUACCAAGAAACAUCAUCCAUAUCGGGCACACUUCAUACACGAUUCACUGGCUUUCCGAAGUUCCCGAACACGUGUGUGACAGAAAAUCUCCUGCCUGGAACAAAAACUACAUUCACUGUAAUAAUUUGAUUGAAGAGGUUACCAAGGCUUACAAGGUCCAGUUCAAAAAAGACAUGGAGGUUUUUCUUCAAGCUAGAGCAGAAGAGCUUGUGCAUGGAGGAUUGAUGAUUGUAGUAGGAAAUUGUUUGCCUGAUGGUGUUUCCAUGUAUGAAACAUGGCAGGGUCAUGUUAUGGAGACCAUUGGUGAUUGUCUUCUUGACAUGGCUAAAUCGGGAAUAAUGAGCGAGGAGAAGAUCGAAUUGUUCAACUUCCCGGUUUAUUUCCCCCAGUUUAGUGAACUGAAGCUAAUGAUUGAAGAAAAUGGAAGUUUUAUGAUUGAGAUGAUGGAGACGAUAAGCCAUCCAUUUGAGGAUAAGAGAUUAUCCAACGAAUUUAUCACUUCCAUGUUUAGAGCCUUUCUUACUACAGUGAUAGAACAACAUUUUGGAAAUGGUGUGGUCGAUGAGCUAUUCAGUCGACUUUCUGAGAAACUCUCCAAGCACCCAAUUGAUUUUGAAAUGUGGAAAACACAAGUGGUGUAUCAUGUCGUGCUUAAACGAAAAUGAAUAAGAGAAUGAUAUAAUGAUUUUGGUAAUGGCUUACCGAUGUGGAAGAUUAUUAAAAGAAAAUAAAAAAUUAUAUAUGCAUUUGUUUCAGUUGAUCUGUUUUUAUCCUUCAACUGUUUAUGUUGUUGUUUCUAUUUUCAAUAUAUUUCUG